AUGGCAGAAACGUCCAAACUUCAGAUCGCCAUCAUCGGUGCUGGCAUCGCCGGCCUUGGCGCUGCCAUCGCGCUCAAGAACCACCCGGCCGUCGAUGUACAAAUUUACGAGCGAGCCAGCGAGCUGAGGGAAAUCGGAGCCUCGAUUGCGCUGGGGCCGAACGGCAUGAGGACUCUGGACAGGCUUGGUGUGAACAACGCGCUAAGCCCUGAUAUCGCCUUCCGGAAUAAAUCCAGACGUCCCAUGAUAUACAAGCAUUACAAGACCGGCGAGGUGGUUUCUGUAGACGACCACAAAGGCAAAGUUGACCAGCGCCACUUGACUGCCCGCUUCUACAGGGCACAUCUUCAACAGGCGCUCGUCGAGCAUGUCGACCCGUCCAGACUACAUCUGAACAAGCCAUUUGAUGCAGUCAUCUUCGAUGAAAAGGUCAACAAGCAAGUCCUAUCCUUCGGCGAUGGCACCACGGCAACAGCAGAUAUCAUCCUCGGGGCAGACGGGAUCCACUCCAAGGUGAGAACCUUCUUUGUUCCAUCCUCACGAACGGGUUGGACCGGCUGGGUCGCUUUCAGAUCCGUGUUCCCAAUCUCACAUCUGGCCCACAUUCCCGACAUCCCCGAGGAGGCCGAGCAUAUAUGGGGGCCUGACCGAACCUUGUUCGUCUCCAAGCUCGGAAAGGACUUGUUCACGGUCGUCGGCUCACACCAAAGCGACCCGAACGCUCCCGAUGCUCCGUAUCAAGAUGCGUCGUGGGACUCGACGGGCGACGUGAAUGUGCUCCGGGAGUUUUACAAAGACUGGCACCCGAAGUACCGCGCCAUAGUAGACGCGACGCCGUGGACGGGAGUCUACCCAAAUUCGGCAGCUCACGCCCUCGACACAUGGGUCCUGGGUGACGGCAGGGUCACUCUUGCAGGAGAUGCGGCGCAUGCUCAUGGGGGUGCUUUUGCGGCGGGCGGGAGUCUGGCGCUCGACGACGCGUGGGCGUUUGCGGAGUCGAUUCAACACGUCUUCCCGCCGGAAGGGAAUAGCACAGCACUCCCCCCUGCGGCGGAGGACAUUACAAGGGCUCUACGGAUCUACGAGAGGACCAGGAAGGCGCAUACCGACAGGGUGAUGGCGGUGGUCCACGAGCAAAACCAGAAGAAGGUUGACCGGCUCGGUCAUGUGCAGACGGAUGAGGAGCUCCGAGCUCGCUUGACGAAUCGAUAUGAUCCGUCGUGGAUACACGAGCAUGAUGUCCAGCUAGCUUUCGCUCAGGCCUUGGACUCGCUGGCAAAUUGA